CCGUUAUAUCCACAUACCGUUUCAUUCUAGAUGAAUGAAAGACGAUAGAAUUGAAAUUCAGUUUUUCUACGUACCUAAUAUCUGUUUUCCUUCCUCAGAAGAGAUGACAAAAAAGUUCGGAAAGCUAAAACUUUUUAAUUGGAAACACAAAAAGACCGAUACACCAGAGGUCCCCACUUUUAAGGUCCCCACUUUUAGGCAGUAUCUACAAGAAUGUCACUUUGUGGACGCAGGGAAACAAUUGAUCAUCCGAGAAGACCGUCUGUUUGCAUUGAAGCAGGAAGGGAUCGGAUCCAAAAUGAAGCUGGUGGAGGAAGAGGAAGAUUCAGAGGCUAGACUGGCAAAAGACUAUGAGGAUCUGCUUGAGUUGGUGUUGCGGACGCUGGAAAACUCCCUCGACCUCCAGAGUGCUGAGGAGCAGGAGGUACUGAAAGAAGCGGUCCAAGCUGUUCUGCAGGAGGAGGAGCAAGACAUGCGCUGGGAAGGGUUUCAAAAAAAUGAACGCCCACCGUGGAGGCCGAGGCGGUGUAAACAGAACCAUGAGGCUCUGCUUGAGCGACUCGUUCAGAGGCGGAUGGAAGAAGCACAGUUAGACCCAAGCAUUGAGAUACAUUCCUCCAUGCAACAAUCGAUCACUUGCAAAGCAAAACAACUGAAAGAAGACUUGCUGAAAGUUGUGACCUGGGUGCACAGCUGCUACCCAGAACAAGAGAAUGUGUGCCAGUUUUAUGCCACACUGUACCAUAGGAUCUUCAGUGCCAAGCUGAGAGAAAUCGCAGAGUACACACUGUGUGAUGAGGACUGCAUUCUUUUGUUGCAGUGGGUGAAACAGGAUUACCCCAAUAUUCUAAAUGUCCCAAAGAUAAAAGAGGUGAUCGAUCACACAAAGCUUGAUCCACUGCUUCCUGAAGACAUGAUUACACCAUUGGAACAGCAGUUUUUGACCAGCGAGAAGAGAGAGGUGAGCACAUGCCUCCACAAAAUCCUGGACAGAGAAGAAACAGCCUGGAAGGACGGAGAACUUCCACAACUGAUGGACCAGGUGGACUGCUGUCCGCAGGCCAUUGAUGUGAUCCAGUGCUUUCAUAGACAUGUCGAGUAUGCUCAAAAGCUGCUAGGUGAUGAGACAAAAGCGAGGAGUAUCACUUGCCAGAUGAGCAGUUUUCUGAAAGAUUACGAAACUUUUCAUGCAAAGGUCAUCAAGAGCAAGCAGACCAACACUGAGGCCGUUUUAAUGGUCAACCUAUCAUGCCUCAUACAGUACAGGGACUAUAUUACAAAGAAUGCACAUCUGUUCCCUGAAGAUGUCAAAACAGAUUGUCUGUCUUUAUUGACUACCAUGACAGAAAGCACCCAACGUUACUUUACUUCUAAUAUGCAUAAGGAGCUUAAGGAAUUGUACAGGAAGGUGGGUUCCAACGAGUGGCUCAAGAACAGUCAAAGUGUAGAUAAGGAACUGCUUGCAAAGCUGGAACAAUAUAUUCAGAAAUUCAACAACUUGGACAAAAUGUGUUGCCAGGAGCUGCUGGGUGAGAUUCAUAAGGAGUUUCUUGCUGAAUAUGUACGGAAAAUGAUGAAGAAAAAGAUCAAACUUUCAGAUAAAGAUCAGCAAGAGAUGGCAGCAUCAGAACUGUGCUUAAACAGUCAACGCAUACAUACAUGCCUGACUGCAGCUGGAUCAAACAUAGAUUGGUUGGAAGACAUUCUUCCCAAAUUAGCAGAACUGUUGAAACUACAAGAUCCAGACAGUAUAAAGUUGCAGCUGGUACAUCUGAUGAGCGUUUACCCUGAUCUCAGUGAGCGUCAUAUUUCUGCUUGGCUACGACUCAAGGGAAAUCUUUCUUCAUUAGACCGCAAGAUGAUCCUGGAGAGUGUCACUUGCAGCCAAGAUCAGAUCGAAGACAAGCAAGACUCUGUCCAGUUUAGCAGGAGCUUCUUUUCCAUAGUGAGGAUUAAAUGAGUUUUGCUUCACAACAUUAUGCUUAUGUAGAUUUGCUUGCUUUUGUAGAAUUGCUUGUGCUUCAUCGUGCAAUCAUUUUGUAUAUACUGAAAUUCUGUGAAAUAAAAUAGCAAAUAAUCAUUUA